CUCCACCAUCCUGAAGAAGUUCGGGUCAUCCUCUUUGUCCACGACCUGGCUGUAGCGCUGAAGCCGAAGCAGGGAGGCUGAGGCCGGCAGUCCCGCGUCGGCGUAGGCCGAGGCCACGGCGCCACUGCCGGCUGCCCGGCCAAGAAAUGCUUCUUCCUAAAGAAAAAACUGAAGAUAUAAGGGCUGUAAAGCUGAGCAUAACUGAAUAUUAGAAAGAUGAACAGUGUGAAGGAAUAUGACGGAUAAACCGAAAAUCCAUGUGUUUUUGGGCGCACCUCAUCCCUCAUCGCUGACUGACAAGGCUCCAGGCAGAGAGUCCUUGCAGUGGAAUACUUUGGAGCUUUGCUGGAGUCAGGGUAGACUGAGACCUAGGACAGAGUCUAAUGACGUCCAAACACAAUCUGAACAUAAUGAAGACACCACGGCAAAAGAUUCAGGUGGUGUAGGCACUGAUGAUGCUGUAGACACCAUUAGUAAGUUGAAACCAGCCAUAGUUCAUGAGAAGCUUAGUUCUUUAGGUUCUAAAGAAGGUCACAAGACAGUGUCUGAAGAUGACUUCACGUCCUCAGUUGACCUGUCUAGUCGUAUAAGGACUGAUAUUGCUGAAGAAGUCAUUGGUAAACUAAUCCCAACCAGUGAUCAUGAGAAGCAUAGCUUGUCAACAUCUCCUGAGGCUAACAGGGCAGUGUCUGAAGAUGACUCCACUCCUUCAAUUAGCCAGUCUUAUCUAUCAAAGCAUGCACAUCCAGAAAAGGAUGACUUUUGUCCUGGGGUGGUUACUGAAUACCUGGACAUCUGCUUCCCUUCCCCACAACCUGGCCCAAGUUCUGACUAUGUGAUCAGACAUCCUCAGCCAAGUCCUGCCAUGUCUGUGGAGACUGAAUAUCUAACCAUUUGGACCAAGAGCCAAGGGUUGCUCCUGAGAGGAAGAGUGGUUAAGCAACCUGAAGCUGGCUCACAGGGGACACCCACACCUCCCCUGACUUCACCAAAGCAAACACCUUUAGCUUCUGUGGGCUCCCCAGAGCUCUAUAGUCCAGAGGUCAGCCCAGGGCUGAGGGGCCUGGGGGGAACCCUGCAAGGUUCAGUUGAGCUUUUUUAUGGGACUCUGAGCCAGAGGCACCAGGAAGGAGGUGUGGUUUUGGAGUGCACACCCGAUGGGAUUCUGUGCUCUCAGGCAAGCCCUCCAAGCCGUGCUGAGGUAGCCAUGGAGCCGGAGGGUCCUGGACUGCUUGGUGGCUCACCAAACUCAUCUGUAGAAAGCUCACCUGCUCCCAGCACCCCUAAACGAGCAAAGCUAUCUCCAGCCGCAACCAAGUGUCAUCAGCGGAUGGGACAGAAAAGUGGACUGCCACUCGAUGGUCCCACCACUCUUCUCUCUAGGUGCAGGAAUCAUGGUGUGCAUUACUCCAUCUUGGUCGCUGUGGUGCACCCCUGCCACCUGAGGGAGAUCAAAGUGAAGUCGGGAGCAUCAGCGGGAUCCUGCGUUGCCCUGGCGUCAUUGAUUGUUACUGACCAGUCAGGAGUGGAGAUGAAGGUGGUGCUGUGGAGGACAGCAGCAUUCUGGGCCCUGUCAGUAUAUCCAGGAGACAUACUGCUUGUCACAGGUGUGAUGUUGCAUGAGGACAAAUGGCGAGGAGAAACAGUACUACAGUCUUCUUAUAUCAGCCAGCUACUAAACCUGGGCCAGAUCACUCAAGACCAUACUCCACAAGCCCCACACAAUGUAAAUAUUCAUACUCUGAGAGCUUUGUGUACUCAUCUGAAUGAGAAGCGCCCUCUGCUGGUGUCUCUGCCUCCUCGCACUGUUCAGAACAUGCACUCCAUCCCCUUCAUCCGGCUCGGCUCUCUACGGCCUGAUACACUCGUUCAUGCACUGCUGAGAGUCAAACAUGCCAGGACAAUUGCAGCCUGGCGUGAUGAAGCAGAAGGAGUAGCCCGGACAGGCAGUGUGCUGAAGGCUGUGUUGAUCGUUGAUCAGGGAGACGGCAAACAGGGUGCUGUGGUUCUUUGGGGAUCUGCCCUAGCCUGGCUACAGCGCUUGCACAAGAACAAGGAUGCUGUUUGGGAGUUCCGUCUGCUGCUGGUGAAGCAGGAUGUGACCUCUGGUCUGCUGGAGCUUCACUCCACUCCAUGGAGCUCCUGUCAGCCUCUGUUCCCGGAUGACACGCGAUGCAGAGAGUUCUACAACAAAGCCUGCUCACACAGAGGCAGCAAUAGCUUUGAGAUUGACCUGCACACACUCCUGUCCCAGAAGUACACAGGUGAAGUGGAGCUGAGAGUUCAAAUCGCAGCAUUCCAGUUCCAGAGCAGCCCGUCCCAAGAAGCAAUGCAGCCCAUGAACAGAGAGACGCCUCUAGAGAGGAUCCUGGAGGUUGUGUGUGGUGACAUCACUUUCCCCGGCUGUGGCUUGUGCUGUGCUGAACUGGACACAGACGAGAAUGGAAUCUACAGACCUUGCUACCCCUGCCUGCCUCACACUGGAGUACGUCGCUAUUACAGGCCAGCUGUUCUGACUGUGAGAGAAGGAGAGUGUCGAGUGUGCGUGCAGGUUCCACCCACUCUCGUGCAGAAGAUCCUGAUGAACACCCCACCAGACAAGCUGAACAAACCUGUAGCUCCUGCAUCAGAAGAGAGGUUUUUCCAUGUUGUAAGUAAGAGGAUCCACUCCAUGCUGUCCACUCUGCGGACCUCGUAUCAUCUGACCAUCCGCAGUCAUUUCGACUGUGAUGAAAACAGCAUUCCAAUCGCUCAGAACUUCUUGCUGUUGGAUUUUAAUUCACAGGAAGCAUGACGACAUUGUGCCCUCAAAGCUGUGACUUGCAUCAGGAACAGAAGCAACACAGACCAGCUGGACACAGACCAGCAAUCAGUAUCGUUUCAUGUGCUCUUAAAUUGUAUAUAUAUUGGGCCUGUGUAUAUGUUUAUAUAUAUAUUUUUUUUUCCACAAUAUAAACCUGCUUUGUUGUUUAAUGUGCUUGUUACGAUGAUUCACAAACAAACAGUGUUGUUUCAGUCUUGCAGUUGUGUGCCAAUGUAACAUAAGUGCCCUAGAGUGCUUGUGCUAUUUGAAUAUUCGACAGCAUGGAAAACACUAAAAAGCACAGGACAGUGGGAAACACUUACAUUAGCACAAAGCUGCAGGACUGAACACCACCAUUUGCUUGUGAAUCAGUGUAAAAAGCCCAUUAAACAACAAAGUAGGUUAGAGGGAUAUGUGUAAAUAUGUUGAUUUUCAUGCAAAAACAACUAUUAUUUAAAAACAGACUUUGCAGCUCAGUUCUGCAUAGACUGUGAUGAUGCAAUAUUUAUCUGAAUGGAUUCCGCCUCAGUUGAGUUUUUAGUUGAUGUGGCAUGCUUAAAUUGAAGUCGUGAUUACUACCAUGGGAUUUCUUUAAGUUUUAGUCAAAAAUAUUGUCAAAUUUCUUUCAGCAAACAUUAGGGGAAUUAAAGGAUCUUGGAUAGACCUGCAGCUUCUGCUAAUGUGACACAGACUGCUCUCGUGCAUGUGUCUAGUCGCAGUAACUCAAGGCAAACAGAGUAGUAGUAAAAUCUAAAAAAUGUUUUACUGCUCACUCGUGUGGCCCCAUCAGCUCAAAAAUAUUUCCAUGAGAACAGUAUCAUAAAGGGUAAGGCACAUAUUUCAAAAUAUGUGUACAUAUGUAUCAAAAAUUGGAUAUAUGUGCAUAAUAUAUGGAUCAUAUAUCUGUGUCUGAUACAUAUUUGAAUACAUACCAGUAGAGUAUU